AUGGAGCCCUUCCUGGGCUGCACCGGCGCCGCGCUCCUGCUUUGCUUCAGCUACGCCGGUCUGCGUCCGGUGGAGGCAGACAGCCCGUCAGCUCCGGUCAAUGUCACAGUCAAACACCUGAAAGCCAACUCAGCCGUAGUGACUUGGGACGUUCUGGAGGACGAAGUUGUCAUCGGAUUUGCCAUUUCCCAGCAGAAGAAGGACGUGCGGAUGCUGCGCUUCAUCCAGGAGGUGAACACCACCACCCGCUCCUGUGCCCUCUGGGACCUAGAGGAGGACACUGAGUACAUUGUGCAUGUCCAGGCCAUCAGCAUCCAAGGCCAGAGCCCUGCCAGUGAGCCAGUCCUCUUCAAGACCCCCAGGGAAGCUGAGAAACUGGCUUCUAAAAAUAAAGAUGAGGUGACAAUGAAGGAAAUGGCGAAGAAAAACCAACAGCUGCGCGCAGGGGAAAUACUCAUCAUUGUGGUGGUGUUGUUUAUGUGGGCAGGGGUGAUCGCCCUGUUCUGCAGGCAGUACGACAUCAUCAAAGACAACGAGCCCAACAACAGCAAGGAGAAAGCCAAGAGCGCCUCGGAGAACAGCACCCCUGAGCACCAGGGCGGGGGGCUGCUCCGCAGCAAGUUCCCAAAAAACAAACCCUCAGUGAACAUCAUUGAGGCAUAACAGCUGCUGCUGAUGGACUCCACUUCUCACGCUCACAUUCUGCCUCUGAGCCUCAAGGACCGGGAGGUGAAAUAGCAUCGGAGCGACUGGGAAGGGGACCCAGCAACUGUCACCUGAUGGCAUACAGCUCCUUCCUUAUCUCUGCAAACAUCUGACCGGAAGGAAGGACCCUGCAAAAACAAAACAACCCAAACCCAACCAACCAAGAUGGAAAAGCAGCAGUGAGAGCCGCUGCCUGCAGUCCUGCGUGGGACUCAUGGAUCACUGCACGGCAGCGGCCUCCCAUGCUCUCCACCCUCACGCUCCGUCUCCUGGAACAAUUUUCUCAUCUUUGGAAACGUGCAAUGUUUUGUUGUAGCACUGUCUCACCGUCACCCCAUCUCGGCUGUACGGCUGUGAGCUCCAGCACUGCUCACCAGCACUGCCCCGAGCCGGCAGGAAGGAGGGACGGCAGCUCACUGCAGACAGGCGUGCGCUGCUUUGUGCUCUCAGCUUGCUUUGUUCCGUUGCACGCCUCGUGCAAUGUCUCACAGGCGGGGUUUGUAAGAAACAAAGGAAAGAGAGGCACCCCAGGCUGCAGUCCCACUGCGGGGCUCCCUUGGCUGCCCCCCAGCCGGGUUCCUGCACCGCCGCCUCCCAUCACACGGUGCUGCUCCUCAUCUCAGACAUUUGGGGCGCAGACCAAGAUGACGGGGCACCAGGAGUUCUUGUUCAGCUUCCAGGAUAAAUCCAACCAUCUUCUUCGUGGUAUUGUCAGCACCUGCAGUGUGCAAGCACUCCAUCAAGAUGUAACCAGUCAGCAAAAAAAAAAAAAAAAAAAGAAAAAAAAAAAAAAGAAAGAAAAAAACUGAUGAUACCGGUCGCUAUGCAAGGUCUCGGCGGCAACCGCCAUUUGUUGCAGAAGGCUUUUGCCUAAGGGACCUUUUUCUGAGGGCUUCAGUUCUUAACGGCUUCUCGCGGGGCGCACAGGAGCGCCGGGCUGC